CAAUAAUAAUGAAUGUAACAAUUAAACAGAAGGAAAUGUUAUUAUCACAUUUGAAAGAAAAUCCUGAUUUAGUAAGAGGUCGAAUAAACAGAAAAUCGGAAAGUCGACGAAAAAUGGUUGAAAGUUGGGAUAAUAUCGCGAAUAUCAUUAACGCUGCUGCAGAAGGACCCCAAAAAAAUGGAAAGGAAUGGGCAAAGACAUGGAAAGAUAUAAAAGCUUAUAUAUUAAAAAAAGAAUCCAAAAGACGCAGCCAUAUAGAAGGAACAGGAGGUGGUCCUCCUUCUAAAAUAAUUUUUUCCAACUUCGAGGAAGAAGUUUUAGAACUUUUGACGCCUGAAUCAGCUGGUUUAUUAAAUAUUCCUGAAGGUGGUAUAAAUAUCGAAGCAACUACUAGUUUACAAAAUGAUCCUGAAAAUUACAUAAACAUUGAAGAAUCUGUAUUAAACGACUGUGAAAGGAGUACGGAAGAUACAGUAACAAUUGAACCACAAAUUGAACGAUUGCAUACAGAAAUUUAUAAUUUAUUUGGUUUUGUCAAGUACUUGAUGUAA